AUGAAUAAGCCUCUGAUCGUCCUCCCUGCUGGUGAGCUGCGCCCGCGUCUCACCACACACCGCGGGCGUGGGCGCUGGCCUCCCUCGGGGCUGUACCCCGGGCCGGUGCAGGUGGCCUGGAAAGGCCUGGAGGAGAGAGAGCUGGGGCCUGCACGGGGCCGCGGAGUCCAGGACCCAGAGGAGCAGAAAGGAGCUGUGGAAGGUGUGCACUGGGAGGACAGGAGCCCCUUGGCGUGUGGGGGCCGCUGGAGGAGGGGUCCCCAGCCUUCAGAGUCCCCCCGGCUGGAGACAGCGGCCGUGCGUGGGGCUCAGGCACCCGGUCAUCAUGGCCAGGCAUUCGAGGCCAGCUCUGGAGGUUGCUGUGGCACGUCCAGGACCCCCUUCCCUCAAACACAUCCCCCCGAGACCCCACACGUGCAGGCAGCCUUCUCCCUGGCCUCCCCACCUCACCCCCUGUCCUCCAAGGACCACCGAGGCCUUGGGGAGAGCGGCACCUGCCUGGCCCCUGCCCGGUGA